AUGGAUGCCUUGACUUGGACUGUUUUUGACGCCAACCUUCCAAGGUCGUUACGGUGUGGUCACGAGAUCACAUGGCGAGGUUUGUGCCUGGCAGAGGCCGAGACGCAAGACAUCGCGAGAGGGCGAAGCAAGCAGGGGCAGGAAACUUCGUGCAGAGCGGAAACGUAA